CAGUGAAGACACAGAAUCAUCAGGGUCUUGGAGAGCCAAAGAGCUAGUGGGUACUCACAAAAAUCUGCAUAACCGGUCAUCCUCAAGAGCAGGUAAUAAGCUACCAAGUACUUCUUUCAAAGUAGUGGAAACUCAGAUUGAAUUAUGCCCAAAAAGUGCAGUUGAUGGUGAAUCAAAUGACUCCAUAUUUCUUCUCAGUUCUCGUCCCACACCUAGAACUAGCACUGCAGUAGAAAUAAGUGAUGCUACUACUGCCUUAAUCCAGAAUUCUUCACAAAGAGAUUCAUGCUUGAAAAAUGCUAAAAAUAUGUGCUCAAGUCAGCAGGAUAUGGAGUCAAGAUUGAAAGAGCUCAUUUACACUGAAUCUGAUCUUACAAUUACAUCAAUCAUUGACAAUCCAAAGAUAAUGAAGCAAGUGACAGUUAGAUUUGACUUGAGAACUUUACACAUACCAACAUAUUCAGCUGAGAAGUUAUCGUCUAUGAAAGACAUGGACUGGAAUGACUUCUUGGAACGAGUAUGUUCACUGCUUGAUUCCACCAAGAAGAAUACAGGAGCAGCAUGUUCUAAGCGGAACUUACUGUACUAUCUGUGUACUGUGGCUGUCCACAAGGAAAUUGCAAGCAGGCUAAUUAGCUCUCAGCUGUUUCCUGUAUUGAUACAGCAGCUGCGUGCAGCCGCCAACUGGGAUAUACGUGCCGAAGUUGCUCGAGUGGUUGGAUUACUGGCAUUACACACAUCUGAACUUGGAGAAAAUGUACCUGUUUCUGAGGCAAUUGUACUUUUAACUGAACUCAUCAGAGAGAACUUCAGAAAUAGCAAAUUGAAACAAUGCCUUCUACCAGCACUUGGGGAGCUUCUUUACCUUAUAGCUAGGGAGGAGGAAAAAAGGGAGCACCCCAGAGAACGCUGGGUUGUUCCCUCAGCUGCUUACAUUGUGCUAACGAGGUGUCUUCGGGAAGGGGAAGACACGGUAGUGAACCAUUUGGCAGCAAAGAUAAUUGAAAAUGUUUGCAGUACUUUCUCUUGCCAUGCACAAGGAUUUAUUACAGGAGAAAUUGGACCUGUCUUGUGGUACCUUUUCACACAUUCUGCAGUAGAUUCUUUGAAGAUAACUGCUAUUUCGGCUUUGUGCAGAAUUACUCGUUACUUACCUAAUGCUUUCCAGAGUGUCAUUGAAAAAGUGGGGUUAACAGCUGUAUUAAUUUCCUUGGCAAAUGGAAUAUGCAAAAUUCAGCAGUACAUGCUCACCAUGUUUUCGGCAAUGCUAUCAUGUGGGAUUUAUCUACAGAGGCUGAUUCAAGAAAAGGAUUUUGUGACUACAGUUACUCGUUUACUUGAAAGUCCUUCAACUUUUAUUCGAGCAAAAGCCUUUCUGAUCCUUCUACAAGUUUUAAUUAAUAACAGGGAGAUGUUGCUACUCAGUUGUCAAGCAAGACUCGUGAUGUAUAUUGAAAGAGACAGCAGAAAGACCAUGCCAGGAAAAGAGCAGCAAGGCGGCAGUGAAUACCUGUCAAAAUGUCUGGAUCUUCUCAUCUAUCACAUUGUGCAGGAGCUGCCAGGAAUUCUAGGCGAUAUUAUCACUGCCUUAACAAAUGUCUCUGGACGUAAACACCCAUCAACAGUUCAGGCCAAACAGCUGAAGAUGUGCCUGCCGAUGAUGCCUGUAGUGCUUCAUCUUGUGACAUCCCAGGUAUUUCGUCCCCAGAUAGUAACAGAGGAGUUUCUUCUCAACUAUGGGACAUUACUUAAUUUUAUCAGAUCGAUAGAUUCAGGAGAAACAAACUUGGAUGGAGCAGUAGGACAACCUGCAUCAGAAGAAUUUAUUAAGACCACUUUAUCAACCUUUGAAGCAGUAACACAGCAUCCUGCUUUUUUGACAAUCCAUCACUUGACUGUUGAAGACUGUAUCCUCCCACCACUAGUUUCUUUGGUCCGCAGUCAGAAUGUGGAAUGGAGACUCAUCAGCUUGCGGUUGAUCUCAGAAACCACGUCGCUGCUUUUAAGCCACGAGGUCAUGGCUGAGGAAAAAGGGGAGAGCCUCAACUCAAACAGCAAGCUUCUCUGUCUCAUUAGAGAUUCAUUGUUGCCUCAGUAUAAGCACAUUCUGAUGGCUCCGGACCCAGUACCGAUGUAUGCUCUGAAACUGUUGGUGGCCCUGACUGAACACAGCCCUGCUUCUGUGAG